CGUAAGCUUCCAUGUUGGAAAUGCGACUGCUAAAUUAAGACGGAGAAGUGUGUAUCCAGAAUAGCACAACUGCGAAUAAUCCAUUCCGGUUAUUCAAUCAAAGGAAGCAACACUCCACGGACUUCGCAAUAUCAAAAUACGCAUUUUUCUUCCGAGCCUAUUUUGGGACGUGCGUAAAGAAGGAGGGUGUUUUUUUGGGGACUAGCGGAUGUUGUCCAAUUCCAAGUAACCAUGGUGAGGUUGGACCUGGAUCAAGUGGUGCUGAGGAGGAUGAAGGAGGAGGAUGUUGACAUGGUCAAAUCUCUCAUAAAGGAGGGCUGCCAGGGCAUGGAAAACCGCCUCAUCCUGCACAUCCUCACUCGUCCGCUCUGCCUUUUCAUCUUGGCAGUGUUCUCAUCCGCCCUACGCUGCCUCAUUCACUCCUUCAUCCUGGCCCUGGCCAUUCCCGUCUUCCUGCUCAUUAUCUACCUCAAAAUCACCAUCCCGCGCUCCACUGGGGUUCUAGGCUGCAGCCGCCCCUCCUGGGACUACGUGGGCAGCAGUUUCAGGGGGCCGGACGAUGAGAUCCUACAGAAUCCUUACUCGAGGAUCAGUGGCAAGAAAGUCACAACAAAGAAGCCAAGACGCAGAACUGGAGCCAAUGAAAAAGACAAGGAAGCGUCAAAGGAGCCAAUCACGCCGGAGAGGGAGCAAGCGGCAGGUCAGGUGUGGGUGGCAGAGAGCGAGGGCGAAAUCUUAGGCUGCCUCUUCCGAGAAAGCGAGAAGCGAGCCGGCGUCAGAAGGUUCUGUCGGCUGGUGACGGGCAGUUGGGACCGCAGGCAGGGCCUGGCGCGCUUCUUUGUCCACAGCCUGGAGCACAAGGAGAGGGAAACGGGGACCUUCCGGGUCUACGCGCACGUUCCCUUCCCGUCCAAGGUGGGCGAGGUCUUUUUCAGGAAACUGGGUUACCUGCAGCUCGGGGAAGAGGCUGAAGACGAGGACGGACAGCUGGAGAAUCCGGAGAGAGGCUUUCUGGGAUUUCCACUCACCAAAGUCUUCUACAAAGACUUGUGAUGCGCGAGUGACUCAAAGGGACGCAAACUGGACGUUUCAUCUACAAUGCAGUGAAGCCACCGCUGCGCCACGGAAGGAUAUUGAAGUCAGCUAAGUAUUAUUUAUACACAUUUUAUUUAUUAUCUCCCCCUAAGAAUGUUAUGCUGUCACACGUGCAGGUUUGUCUGUUGUCUUUCUUCCUAUCCAUUUUUUCUGUGUCGUUUAAUUAAAAUGAUCUUUUAAUAUUUAUUGCUUAUGCAAUCAGAUUAAUGUGCAGGACAUUUUCUUAUGACAAAAUAAAAGACAGUUCAUCUGACAGGUAAGUUUUACAUUUUAAUUCAUAGAGAUGCAAAUGGAUGAUAACACCUGUGAGCUUCCUCAAAAUACAUAAGGGAUAUAAAUCAUUUAAAAAAGAAAAAAUCGUUUCCUCCCAAAAUCUGCAUGACGGCCACGUUACAAAUACAAAAAAAUGAAAAAA